UCGUCCUGGUGCAAUUGUCAGUUCACCAGAUUGCUGGCGUAGCUCACCUUGGGCCUGGCCUUGCCGUUUGCCAAGAGUCUGCCUCCCACAUGCUUGUGCCGACUGCAAACGCGCGGUUUGUGAUGCCAGUGAUGUCUGUUGCAAAGCACAUGGACUUGACAGUGGCAUCUCUAUGCCAAGCGGGUGCAGACAUGAAGUUCCUGGCAGCAAUGCACCGCUUGACAACUUGCAUGUUAUUUCACCUGCACGCGUGCCGGACUGGGUCCAAACGGACAGGGAGCAGAACUCCUUACCGUCAUACCGAUGCAGUUGAAUGCAGGAAAGCCCUGAUGCCAGCGUUCUUUGCAAUGAGUUCAUGCCUGUCACUCAUGACGAUUGCCUGGCAGCUACGCGCUAGUCAGAGACGCUUCAAGAGAGCAUGCCACGCGUUGCGAAUUUUGCCAUCGCUUGUCGCCUCGUGCUUGGUGAAGCGUGUUAUACCGGAACAGCAACUGCAGAGGUUUGUCGAACACUUGGCUUGCCCACCCAUGCGCAUGCGAAAAGAUCCACCCUCAACAGUUGGCUACGUUUGGCUUCAUGAUGCUACGUCAAAGCACGAGCUAGCAGCCAUGGAGGCUGCCCACAUUUCACAAUCCCAGCCAACUGCCAACCGCACAUUCAAGAUUGAGCGUGACCUUCGCUUGCCUGGAAAUGGUUGCUGUGGAACUGUCGCGUGGUGUGCCAGAGCGGUGGCUGUGGUUGAAGGGCCACUUACGGCUUGUCAUUCUUCCACGGCUACGAUAAAAGCCAGACGCUUCAACAUGCAGCAUGUCAUGAGAGCCGCGGGCUGGGUGGAGCAUGAGACGCUAACAAGUGAUGAGUUUCAGCAACUGUUGUCGGGCACAGACAUGCAACGCGUUAAAUGUUGGACAAAGUUCCCAGAUGUUGACCAGCCGCUUGAUGGCUUGAUUUCUUUCAAAUUGCGAGUGAGACAAGCUUGCCAUUGCUUGCGCUUCAGCCCGCGUGAAAGUGUUGCGUUUGAGAAAGCAUUGCUUAAUGCAGUUGGCAACUGCCUCCACCCUUCUGCCUUACUGCAGCCCCUCCAGCAAUACGCGCUUGCUUUCCCUAGUCUCGAUCCCGACACAUGCUUUGUGCAGGAAGAUAAGGACACUGCUGCGUGCUGGAAAAUGGCCAAGUUUUCCUACCAGCAAGUCUCUCGUGCUACAACCCUGCUUGUCAGCAAGUAUUUCCUAGGUUGGGAGACACUGAGCCUAAAAACCAGCGUCACUGAUCUCAGAAAGCGCUUGGCGAAACUUGACUUUGGCUGUGCCUGCUGUCCAAAGUGUGGUGCAAAUCGGAAUGGCAUGUCACUGCUGGUUGCAGACGCAGGGCAAAUGUAUGAACAGAUCAAGCCCGCCGAUGUACUUGCCAACAUGGAAAGGGUUGUGGCCCUCGCCGAGCAUGAGGGGUAUAGGGCGGUCGUGUUGACGCAGUGCAAGAAACUCCGAGGAAGCUUAUGCCGGUCAGAGCAUGUGGCUGUCAAUGGCGCUGAUGCGUGGCCUUUUCGUGACCUUGUUAAAGUUCUCAAAUUGUCCUUGCGCGAAGCAUUGCUGAAUGCUCGGUGGGGUGACCGGAUCUUGCGCCAAGCUUCAGGUAGCCCCAUUGGCGGCCUCAUGUCCCGCUUGAACGCUAUGUUGGCUCUUGGCCCGUCGGAGUGUGAUUUUGCAUGCCGACCUAGUGCGCCUACUGCCGCGCAGUUGGCUGCUGUAAGAUACGUAGAUGACCUGCUUCUGGUGUCCACUUGGUGUUUGGGUUGCUUAAAGCCUCUGAUUGAUCAGGUUUACCCUAGUCAUAUCAGGUUUGAUGUUGAGCAAGCCUCCUACACUAAAGUUGCUUGGCUGGACGUUUGCGUUCUGGCUGCUGACAAUCAGGAUAAUCAGGUUACUACGGACAUUCCUUUCAAUGAGCAAGCGUGGUUGUUAGGGCAAGCCUGA